ACUUACAUAUUCUCACUCCCCCUCCCCUCCUCUCAUUGUCAUAUCUGAGGUGGCUCCAUCGAAUUGUUCUCACAGUUUUGCUUUUGCACAUCAAACCCAUAAUCAUAACACUUGUUUCUCUCUGUCUUGCUCCGAUCCCCUCUUCCCUCUUCCCCACAGUUUCUGUGUUAGCGUGCCUCCUCAAAUCCUCAAUUUCUCUGCCACCAUCUUCCACUGAAGCAUCAAAUAAGAAUGUCCAUAAAUCACCACUCAUCGGACAUUCCAGAGGCCACGCUGUGGUGGACCGAACAACAUCGCCAUCAUCAUCAAGGCUUUCUUAUGCAGCCCUUACAAAACCCCUCUCCUUCGGCCUGGCCUUCCUAUCUCUACCAUCCUCCACCUCCCACCCGCUUCAACCUCAAUAACAACGAUGACGACGACGACGAAGACGACGAUGAAGACAGUAUUCAACACCAGCGGACUGGUCUCGUGGGAAACGAUACGCCCACGUCCCAAGGAGGCUCAGGAGGCGAAGACGAGAAGGAAGGGAUGUUCGAGAAGCCAUUGACGCCGAGUGACGUGGGGAAGCUGAACCGGCUGGUGAUUCCGAAGCAGCACGCGGAGAAGUACUUCCCGUUGGGGGCGGGAGGGGAGGCGGCCGGAGAGAGCAGGGGUGUGUCGCUGAGUUUCGAGGACGAGGCAGGAAAGUGCUGGAGGUUCCGUUACUCGUACUGGAACAGCAGUCAGAGCUACGUGCUGACCAAAGGCUGGAGUCGUUACGUCAAGGACAAGCGUCUCGAUGCUGGCGAUGUCGUUUACUUCCAGCGCCACCGCACCGACUCCAACCGCCUCUUCAUCAACUGGAGGCGCCGCCACCAGUCUGGGUCCACCCCCGCGCAUGUUAGCAGAGCGGUGCUCGUUCACAAUACACCUACCACCACCACUACUGACGCCAACGGCAAUAUCAAUAUCAAUAAUAACAAUGUUGGCGUGGGUUGGACCAGAAGUUUCUAUGCUCCACAUCCUUAUCCUCCGCAUCAUCAUCAAACCUUGCCAUACCAACCUGACUGUCUUCAUGCAGGCGUAGGUUUGGAAGAAGCAGAGCAGAACAAAACGACAUCACCGGCGGGAAACAACUCCAGCUCGAGGAUACUGAGGCUGUUCGGUGUGAACAUGGAAUGUCAACCAGACGAAUCCGGAUCCUCCGGACCCGAAUACUCGUACUUGUCAUCGACGUCAUCGCAGGGUCCAGCCAUCCCACACCACCACUUCCAUGGCCGUUACAAUCAUCAUCAAUCUGCUUCUUAUUAUUCCAAUCACAUGGUACGUCAACAACCACACUCCUAGCUAGACAUGCCCUGCCGUGGCCGUGGCCGUGGCCACCUCUUGCAUUAAGGACUCCCUUCUUGUUGUUUUCUUCAGAACUCAGAUGUAAAG